UCUGUCAUCGCUCGAAAGGAAGAAAACAGACACAUGGUUGGUGGACGGACGGCCCCUAUCAGUUGACCCGCGCACUAUCAAGUUACGGUGCCGGCGUCCGUCGUCAGUCACCUUCGAUAGUCGAACCAAACCAGUAUGCGAUUCUAACGCAUCAUGGUGGACGAGGAGUUGGAAAAGCAGUACUCGCCGAGCAGAUGGUCCCAAAGGUUCGGCCCUAAAGAGGUCAUCGAGCACCACAUCAAAGUUGUCUCUUCAGAGAGCGAGAUCUCAAAAUCGACGGUGCCAAACGAAAUUGGGCUGCGAUAUGGACCGCGGGAGGCGCAGCAGUACGACCUGUUUGGCGGAGACUCGCUGUCCCAGGACGCGCCUUUGUUCGUCUACAUACACGGCGGGUACUGGCAAGACCUGAGCAGGGACAUCUCCGCUUACUGCGUCCGACCCUUGGCCAGGGCUGGAAUCAGGGUCGCCAUCAUGGGGUACACUUUGGCCCCGCAUGUGACACUAGAAGAAAUCGUAGAUGAAAUCAGGUGCGGGUUGCAGGUGAUUGUAGAUCACGCGGCUUCUACUGGCUGCCAGACUGUUUGGGUUGGAGGACAUUCGGCCGGAGCCCACUUGGCCCUGUCGGCCCUUUUGGGGCCGCAAAGUGCUGGACUGCAGAUCGUCCGUGGUUUGGUGCUCAUUAGCGGAAUUUUUGACCUGACGCCUCUGAUCAAAACCACCGUCAACGAGCCACUGAGGCUCGACGAGCAAAGGGCUAGUCAGUUGAGUCCGUUGGUGCAGCUUCCGAACGUGCGUCUGCCAGCGUGGGCGCGACGUCUCCACGUGCUUGUGGCCGUCGGCGAACACGACUCGCCGGCCUUUAUUGAGCAGAGCAAACGUCUCGCCGAGGUCCUAGAAGGCCGCCUCUCCAGCGUUGAGCUGCAGCAGCUGAAGGGACUGGACCACUUUGAUAUUGUGGAAAAUCUCCGCAGCGACAACCACGUGCUGACCCAGCGCAUCAAAGAACUGAUUGCGGCGUCCAAGUGAAAUGCACCAAAAGCUCCAGAAUCAUUAAACUAACCCUUUGGCGGACCAUCUGCCUGAUUGUGGCACACGAGAAGCGCAGGAAUAGGAGCAUCUGCCACCGAUAUUCAACUCUUUCGUUCACCUGUCUCGGAAAACACCUGGCGCGCAGUACCGCCCGGCAGCACCAACAUCCUGUUGAUAUAAAUAUUUUUUGUUUUCGGCUUCUGAUACAGAAAAACUCCACUGUUGGGAUUUAAAUUUAUUGGGCAAUGUUUAAAAACCUGCUAAAUUUUACUUGAUUUUCGAAUUGCGUUAUCUAUAAAUUUAGAAGAAAAAAAACUUUAAAUAUAUAAAACUUGCAAUUAUAUACAUUUAUUUCUUUAUAAACUUCUUAAGCUAGAUUGUUUCAAUUCAUAACAUGAGAAAAUUAAUUUUUAUGUACAAAUUAGUAAAAAUAUUAAAUUAACCAAAAUAACCAAGAAAUUUCUUCUUUUAAAAAAGAGCUAGUCAUCAAACUCUUCUAAAUGCCUAUAUUAUACAAAGGAUCACGAUUUGAUAAAUUUUUAUAAAAGGUGUCUGUCCAACGAACAGGACCAUUUAUAUACAUCUGGCUGACAGGUGAGCCCUUGCUCAUCCCAAUCAAUCCCGGGCGCGCGUUUCAACAAAACGCAUUCGUUUUCUCGUCUAACAUCCUCUGCACGUGACUGUUUCGAAUUUAUUUUUCUCCUUUGAUUGAGGCAGCCGUGCGCUAUUGGGAACAGUGCGAGUGCCCAUUUCCCACGCCUUAAUGAUCACAUUUCGCCGCGAGCCAGACACCUCCAUCCUUUUUAGAGAUCUAUACUCACCUCUCGGACCAAAACAAAACCGAGCCGAAGGAAGGAAACGAUGAAUUUCAAUUUAACUUUUCCGUCCGAGGGCGAGAGUUUAGAUGGAAAUAAAACGCUUGUUUGUCGCCAAACGACUCAAUUUCUGCUCGAUUGGCUCGGAAACAAACAUUCUUGCGGCGAGAAAAAUGUAAAACGAGUUUUAAUCGCGAACGCCGCGUUGAUGAUUCACUCUCGCACCUUUGCCUUUUCACAACUUUUUGCUGCGAGAUCGUGAUCGCGUGAGACUGGGAAGGUGAAAUUGAUUUGAAAAGGUGUAAAAUAAUAUUAUAAAAUAACGUUGGUAAAUAUUAAUUUAAAAAAAUUCAAGAUUAAGAUUUUUCCAGAUACAGAUUUACAAGAUCUAUUUCCACUUUCGUCGUUUUUUUUCUCACACAGAUGUGUUCAGAGUUCAGAGUAGAGUAAAAAAUGCAUGCAACCUGCUGGGCACGCUUGUUGAGAAUUUGCAUAGAUUGCUAAAUAUAAUUCAAAUUUUGCCAAUUUCUUUCUACGUUUCAUCUCUCCACUUGACUAAAAUAAUCCCACAUUGAAGAAAACGAGAUUUAGUAAAAAUUAGAGAAGUAUCGAUUUAAAAAGUCCACAAAAAAGUUUCAAAACUUACCAACUACCUAUAAAUAAUUUUUUUUUCUAGGGAAAAAGUAAAUUCUCUGCUUGUAAGUUGGAAAUAUUUUGUGUUUUAAUACAACUCUGACCCCAAAAUUCUAUUUUCAGAGUGGAAUUCAAAUCUAGGGAAUAAUUAGAAAUGAAAUAAAGCAAUAA